AGGAGGAGUGGUGAGGGGGAGACUGUGAGGGAGGAGAUGGUGAGGGAGACAGAGGAGGAGGAGUGGUGAGGGAUAGAAAGUGUGUGGGAAUGUGUAUGAGGAAAUGGACACACACAAGUAAUACCCUCAAACAGAACGGUAUAAUAUCAGUUUCCCAGUUUUAUUCUCUCUCACCGAUCUGUGUGACUUCAGUCUUUAUCUCAACCUCUGUUCCCAGGGCAACUGCCUGGAGCCCCACCCUCACCUCCCAGGUCUGGCCACCAGUGGGCUGGAUCAUGACGUUUAACUGUGGGCCCCCACUGCCGAGAACCCCCGCGGGGCUGCCGAGAACCCCCACGUUUUGAUGUGACUGUUGUUGUUCAGGUGAUCAAGAAGACAGUUUCCUGGACAGAAUUGACUCAGUAAGACAAGGAGACUACACUCCCACAGACCAGGACCUGCUACGAUGCAGAGUGUUAACUUCAGGGAUAUUCGAGACGCGAUUCCAAGUAGACAAAGUCAACUUUCAUAUGUUUGAUGUAGGCGGCCAGAGAGACGAAAGGAGAAAAUGGAUCCAGUGCUUUAAUGAUGUGACUGCUAUCAUAUUUGUGGUUGCCAGCAGCAGCUACAACAUGGUCAUAAGGGAGGACAACAACACCAACAGGCUACGGGAAGCCCUGGAUCUCUUCCGCAGUAUCUGGAAUAACAGGUGGUUACGCACUAUAUCGGUCAUCUUGUUUCUGAACAAGCAGGACAUGUUGGCUGAGAAAGUAUUAGCUGGAAAAUCCAAAAUUCAAGACUACUUCCCUGAAUAUGCUCGCUACACCAUACCAAAUGAAGCAACUCCUGAACCUGGUGAAGACCCCAAAGUGACUAGAGCUAAGUUUUUCAUCCGAGACGAGUUCCUGAGGAUCAGCACAGCCAGCGGAGAUGGUAGACACUACUGCUACCCACACUUCACCUGUGCUGUGGACACGGAGAACAUCAGGAGGGUCUUCAACGACUGUCGAGAUAUCAUUCAGAGGAUGCAUCUGAGGCAGUACGAACUCUUGUGAAGGGAUGACGUACACACACACACACACACACACACACACACACACACACACACACACACACACACACACACCCAUCAAGCCUUCUGGGAUUUUAUUCAAACAUUUUGAAUCCUCAACCCUAAAAACUGACCUGCUCCCUUCAACCCCACCCUCUGCCCUGAUGGCGACUACAAAGUACUACUGAGGUGUCAUCCUCUUCCUCUUGUUCGGAGACUGACUGAGGUGUCAUCCUCUUCCUCUUGAUCGGAGACUGACUGAGGUGUCAUCCUCUUCCUCUUGUUCGGAGACUGACUGAGGUGUCAUCCUCUUCCUCUUGUUCGGAGACUGACUGAGGUGUCAUCCUCUUCCUCUUGUUCGGAGACUGACUGAGGUGUCAUCCUCUUCCUCUUGAUCGGAGACUGACUGAGGUGUCAUCCUCUUCCUCUUGAUCGGAGACUGACUGAGGUGUCAUCCUCUUCCUCUUGUUCGGAGACUGACUGAGGUGUCAUCCUCUUCCUCUUGUUCGGAGACUGACUGAGGUGUCAUCCUCUUCCUCUUGUUCGGAGACUGACUGAGGUGUCAUCCUCUUCCUCUUGAUCGGAGACUGACUGAGGUGUCAUCCUCUUCCUCUUGAUCGGAGACUGACUGAGGUGUCAUCCUCUUCCUCUUGUUCGGAGACUGAGUCAUUCCUCCUUUCUACAGACAUGAAGGAAUGGAAGGGAAGUUGUUGCUUUUCUGCCUUGAUUUGUCAUUCCACUAAAGCCUGAGGCUUCCUCCUCCACCUCCUGCACUGUUGGGACAUGUUGUUGGAUUGGACUAGUGGACUGACUGGCUGGCUGACUAGCUGGCUGGGCGGGAGGUGGUGGUGUGUACUGGACUGACUGACUGACUGACUGGCUGACUAGCUGGCUGACUGACUAGCUGGCUGGCUGGCUGGGUGGGAGGUGGUGGUGUGUACUGGACUGACUGACUGACUGGCUGGGUGGUGUGUGGAUCAAUGUGUGUGUGUGUGUGUGUGUGUGUGUGUGUGUGUGUGUGUGUGUGUGUGUGUGUGUGUGUCACCUGUCCCCCAAUCCCUUCCGAAGAAAGAGUGAUAACGGACAGAGAGAGGGAGGAAGAAGAGGAGGAAGAAGAACAGAAAAUGCACUUUGCUUAAUACCUUUUUUGUUGAGGAAGUAUAAACACAAUGUAGCAUCACAAUAUUUAAUACUCUGUCUUACACAGUACCAGUGUUGCAGGUCGACUGAGGGAUGGAGAGACUCAGGCCUCCUGUUGUUUGAGACCCUAAAGGACUGAUACAGAGCAGAGAGAGAGAGAGAGAGAGAGAGAGAGAGAGAGAGAGAGAGAGAGAGAGAGAGAGAGAGAGAGAGAGAACUGGGAGCCAGGAAGGAAACGAUGGAAUGAACAGAUGAACGAACUAAUAAAUGAAGAAAGGAAUGGGACUAAGCCCUCUGCAACUUAUCUCCCGUCGCUGCUUUCUGCCUGGCGUGACGCCGUCCUGGAAGGAACAACUACCCGACACGUUGACCAACAAUCGUUUUAGCUUAGAAGAUCUAUGACUGA